CGGGUGAGGUGAGCCCUGAAGGCCGUGAGCCGAGUGGGUCUGGGCAGGCGGGGAUUCAGCUACGGAGGCAGAGGAUUUGGAUCGGAGCAGCCCUUAGGAGACCGGUGCAGUCGAAAAAGAGUCAACAUGGGGACCUCAGCCCCAGGGCCCAUUCACCUGCUAGAGCUCUGCGACCAGAAGCUGAUGGACUUUGUCUGUAACAUGGACAAUAAGGACCUGGUGUGGCUCAAGGAGAUUGAGGAGGAGGCCAGACGCAUGUUCACCAGAGAAUUCAGCAAAGAGCCAGAGCUGAUGCCCAAAACUCCUUCUCAGAAGAACCGACGAAGGAAGAGACGGGUUUCUUAUGUUCAGGAUGAAAACCGAGACCCCAUCAGGAAAAGAUUAUCCCGGAGAAAGACUAGGAGCAGUCAGCUGAGCUCCCGACACCUACAAAGCAAGUCCAAGGUGGAGAAGCUGGCCACAGUUGUGGGGGAGAACGGCUCCCCUGUGCUUCAGCGGAUAACCCGGGCUGCAGCAGCUGCCAUGGCAUCAGCUGCUGCUUCACCCACCACUGGGUCUCCUCCCACUGCACUGACCAAGGAACUCAUGGUGGAGAUAGGUGUCAGUGAGCACCAAAGGGCCGAGAAGCACCUCACUGAGCUCACAGCUACCUUGGCUCUGUCACGGGCUCCAUCCCCAACCCCAGCUCCAGCCACAGCUCCAGCUUCCCAGGGCAUACUGACAGCAAAUGAGGAAUCAACACCCAAGAAGUCAGAGACUGGAAGACUGGAGUCAGUCACAGUGAGCUCCCUGAUGACUACCCCUAAGGACCCCAAGAGUCGAGGGACUGGGACAGGACGAUCCGCCUCCAAGCUCAAGAUUGCACAGGCCUCCCGGGACUCACCUGGUUCUCCAGACUCUCCAUGGCGGGAGCGUGUGCUAGCCCCCAUCCUGCCGGAUAACUUCUCCACCCCCACGGGCUCUCAUGGGGGCACUCGAUCAGUAAGACGCAGCCUGAUUGCUCCAGGUGCCCAAGUCUCACUGGCCCAAAAGUACUCUCUGGUGGCCAAACAGGAGGGCACCAGCCGCAGGUCAAGCAGAAGGAUUGCCAAGAAGGCCACCAAAGAGCCAGCAGCCUCAGCUCGCAUCAUCUGUCACAGUUAUCUGGAGAGGCUCCUGAAUGUUGAGGUACCCCAGAAAAUUGGGCCCGAUCAGGAGCCCAGCAAGGAGGCUGAGCCUGUGGAGACAGCUGAACCAGAGGUCUCUAAGAAUGACGGGAAUACUUUGCUGUCCCAUAGUGCCACAACGAUGGCCAUUAGUACACCCAACAGGAAGCCUGUGGCCAGUGGCCAGGAAACAUCCCCUGAAGGGCAGCAAGAGGCCAAGACUGACCAAGCAUAUGGACACAGAGAGCCACCCCAGAGCAUCAGGAGGAAACGUAGCUACAAGCAGGCAGUGAGUGAGCUGGAUGAGGAGCAGCCUCUGGAGGAGGAUGAGGAGCUGCAGCCCCCCAGGAACAAGACUCCUUCUCCACCCUGCCCUGCCAGCAAGGUGGUGCGGCCCCUCAGGACCUUCCUGCACACAGUGCAGAGGAACCAGAUGCUCAUGACUCCCACGCUUAUGACCCCUACCUCAGCCUCCCGCAGUAGCGUCAUGAAGUCCUUCAUUAAGCGCAACACCCCCCUGCGCGUGGACCCAAAGUGCAGCUUUGUCGAGAAGGAACGGCAGCGCUUGGAGAACCUGCGGCGGAAGGAGGAGGCAGAGCAGUUGCGGAGGCAGAAGGUGGAGGAGGACAAGCGGCGGCGGCUGGAGGAGGUGAAACUGAAGCGGGAAGAGCGCCUCCGCAAGGUACUGCAGGCCCGUGAGCGGGUGGAACAGCUGAAGGAGGAGAAGAAGAAGCAGAUUGAGCAGAAAUUUGCUCAGCUUGAUGAGAAGACUGAGAAGGCCAAGGAGGAGCGAUUGGCAGAGGAGAAGGCCAGGAAAAAGGCAGCGGCCAAGAAGAUGGAGGAGAUGGAGGCCCGCAGGAAGCAGGAGGAGGAGGCGCGCAGGCUCAGGUGGCUCCAACAGGAGGAGGAGGAGCGGCGCCACCAAGAGCUGCUGCAGAAGAAGAAGGAGGAGGAGCAGGAGCGGCUACGCAAGGUGGCUGAGGCCAGGCGACUGGCGGAGCAGCGUGAGCAGGAGCGGCUGCAGGCGGAGAGGCGGCGUGAGCAGGAACGGCUCCAGGCCGAGAGGGAGAGGGAGAAAGCCCUGCAGCUACAGAAAGAGCGACUACAGAAGGAACUGGAGGAGAAAAAAAAGGAAGAGCAGCAGCAUCUGGCCGAGCAGCAACUACAGGAGGAACAGAAGAAAACCAAGGAGGCAGGGGACAGCAAGGGCCUGAAUGUGACUGUGGAUGUGCAGUCUCCUGCUUGUACCUCAUAUCAAAUGACUCCACAAGGGCACAGAGCCCACCCAAAGAUCAACCCAGAUAACUAUGGGAUGGACCUGAAUAGUGAUGACUCCACUGAUGACGAGGCUCAUCCCCGGAAGCCCAUUCCUGCCUGGGCCAGAGGCACUCAGCUCAGCCAGGCCAUUGUCCACCAGUACUACCAUCCUCCGAACCUUCCCAAGCUCUUUGGAACUAUUCUCCCAUUGGACUUGGAGGACAUCUUCAAGAAGAGCAAGCCCCGCUACCAUAAGCGCACCAGCUCUGCUGUUUGGAACUCACCACCCCUUCAGGGUGCCAGGGUCCCUGGCAGCCUGGCCUAUAGCCUGAAGAAAUACUGAGGCAUGCAUUCAACCCUCCUGGCAGUCUCAGGGCCCAUCUGUGUUUGUCUGUCUAUCUCUGUGUUGGACUGGCACCCUCUCACCUGCCGUGCCAUUGCUGAGCGCUUGGUCAUGUGGAUAGCAAUGUCCUCUGGUUGCCUGGUGUUUGUGCUGUUGAUGGAAGUUGGCGCCAGGCCAGGUCUGUUUGGAGGAUGGGCAUUGGGAAUGGUUGGAGAGCCAGGCCCAGCCCCAACUGGCUUGCAGACAGCACUGUAAAUAGGUCGUUAUAAUUCUGCUGAAUUUUAGUUUUUAGUGUGUGAGAUAGAUUAAUAAAGUAUAUUCCUUGAAGCUUGCUGUGAAUAUUAUGAAGACUUGGAGGCUUCAGCAUAAUGCCCUGGAUCCUGGUCCUGAAGCCGUAUGUCUUGGGCCUCUGGAUGGGUUGGAGGACCAAGGCCCUGUUCCUUUACCUUCAGUGGGCCUCAAGAUUGUCUGGUGCGGGUUCCACCAGAGGUGCUGGUGUAGCAUGUGAUUCUGAUGCUGGACAACCCCUGGGAAACACUUCAGUAUCUCUAGCAGUGUGCAGGUGAAAAUGCUUCCUGUUUUGGGUUGUUGCUACCUGUUUGCAAAGGUAGUUUAUUCCUUGGGCAAGGCCUGGGCUUUUCCUGAGGCUGCACUCCUGCGUGGGAGGUGAAAGGACUUGGGAAAGCCUUUGCUGCUGAGGCUUGGAUCCAAUUAGAAAAGGAAUGGCUCUUGAAACCACUUGGGACCAGUGCUUGCAAGAAAUAAGAGAUUUCCACCCCUCCCCACCAAAAAAAGCCAAACAAACCCAGGCAGUUGCUUAGUAAAAUGCUUAGCACCAGUGAAGGCUGGCACUGGCCCUGGCCCUGCCUGUUAGCUAUGCAUUGCUUUAGUCCCUGGAGUAAGGGUUGGCAAACUAGUCUGUGGGUAAAAUCAAGCCGCAGUCAAUUUUUUAUUUUGAUUGAAAUUCACCUAGUAAAAAGGACUAUUUUGUUACUCAUUGUCCCCACUGCUCUGUAGACAGCAUUAAAUUACACAGCAGAGGUCUCAUGGCCUAAAAAGCUGAAAAUGUUUACUAUCUAAACCCGAACAGAAAAUGUUUGCCAACUCCUGCUUUAGGACACAGUAAUGGCUAAAUAGAAGAGUGCUUUAAAAAGUGAGGAAAUAGGGACCACACACAAUGGACUAAAGUCUGGACGAUUCUGCCCAUGCAAAGAAAAAACAGUUUAUGUACCAUUCAGAUAAGGUGCAUGAUUUAAAUUCGUUCCACAUGUUCUUUGGCAACUUGGGUAAACCAGAGAGCAGGUCUCCGUCUAAAACCAUAAUGUCAAAAUACUACUUCUGGUAAGU